UAUGUAAAUGCAAUACACGGAACCCCACACUCCACAGACACUGCUUAUUCAUUUUGUUUCAUUUUACAGAUCUGUCUUCAACUUCAUGUCUCAACUCUUAAGACUCUCAACCUUCAAAUCAAAGCCAUCAGUUUCAAUCUCCUCCCCUCUCAGUCUCUCACUCCGGUUCAAAAUCACGCCGUCGACUCGACUGACUCUUGAUCGCGCCGUCGUUUCUUCUUUCAGCCUUCAAAUCAAAGCCAUCAGUUCCAAUCUUCUCCCCUCUCAGUCUCUCACUCCGGAUCGAAUCUUCACUCCCCAGUCUCCAGUCCAGUCCGAUUCGUAUGCGAUUUAGUUUUUCAGUUUCGAAAUUGGUAAUUUCGGGUCGUGUCGGGUGACCCGAAAUUAAAUCGUGUCGGGUUCGGGUAUGGCAUCUGUACCCAUUAAAUUUUCGGGUCGGGUUCGGGUUGGGUUGAAAAUACUGCCCGAGGAUGUUGACCCGACAAGAACCCGACCCACGACCCGCAAUCGCCAGCCCUAGUGAAAAGAGUAACAUUAAUAAAGUUUGACACCAAGAUGCAAAAACUGUAACUAUAUGUACCCAAACCUCAAGGUUCAAAAUUUAACAAAUUUAAAGCAGCUGUGUGUGCCUGUGCUUAUCAAAAUAAGCAUAUCUCUCUCUCUCUCUCUCUGCCUCUCUCUCCCUCCCUGGUUUUUAGAAAAAUGGCUUGGAACAGUACGACAUCGUUUGAUGAUCUCUCUCAGGAAACUGCCACUAACAUCCUCUCCAGGCUCCCAGUAAAAGCUCUAAUCAGGUCAACAACAGUGAACAAGAAAUGGUACUCUCUAAUAACAAACCCUCAUUUCAUUUCUGCUCAAAUCAAGCAUGCUAUUUCACAAUCUGAUGAUAAUGUUGUGUUAGUAAUCCCUCCUGUUAUCUCUCAAGAGAAGCAUUGUUCGUUAGUCUCCAUUGAAACUUCGAAAGUUCUCGAAAAAUAUGAGCUCCCCUUUACUACCAGGACUAAGAGCUUGAAACUCAUUGAUUCACUUGAUGGGCUUAUGUUGUUGACUGAUUUACAUGCCUUUUACGCUUCUCGGCAUUUGUAUCUGUGGAACCCUUGUGUUAAAACUCAUCGACCCCUUGUUUCGUCUUGUUUCAAGAAACUUUUUGAGGACCCCUAUAUUAGCUAUUUUAUAUCUGGGUUGGGUUUUAAUCAAGCUAGUAAUGAUUAUAGAGUGGUGAGGGUUGUUUAUGAUGUGAUAAACAAGAUGAAUCCCGCUAAGGCGGAGGUUUAUAGUCUGAGUAAACAGACGUGGAGGAAGAUUAAAGACCCUGUGGUUCCAAGAAUUGGUCAGAGUGAUGGAGUGUAUGUUGAUGGUAGAUUCUACUGGUUGGAAACGACACCACCUGACACUCGGGAAGAUGGUCGUAUUCAUAAAAUUAAAGACCUGUGGAUUUUGUCAUUUGACUUUGAAAAUGAGGUGUUUGGGGAACUCAAAGUGCCGAAAAUAGUUUCAAAGUGUAUAGGAACAACUGCCUUGUCUAAGCUUGUGCAGUUCGAGGGUUCACUCGCUCUCUGUGUUUUUGAUGCACAGAGCACUGACAGAGGGGUCACCUAUCCUCUCCGUAUAUGGUUGUUGAGGAAGGAAAAUGGUGUUGUCUCUUGGAUUUUGCGUUUCACAGCUGCAUUAAGAGAAGUUGGGUGGCCAAUCAAUAUUACAAACAAGGGGACAAUUCUAAUAGAGACGCGUCCCUCAACGAGCCGUAUUGAUGUUACAAGCAUAGUAUCAUGUAAUCUGAAGUCCAUGCAUUACAAAAAUCUUGGAUUUGGUAAGCCUAAGGGUGUAGAGGAUCCCAUGUUAAUUCCUGAGCCUUGUACUGUAGACACUUCCUUCACGGAGAGUUUGGUCAUGUACGAGGGAGGGAAGUCCAUUCUGAAGUUUUCAAAGUGAUGAAUCUUGUGUUGUGCAGGUACUUGCAUUGCAGAUGUUGCCGAUCUUGCUUUGGAAGCCGCGGCAAUUCUAUUACUAUUAGGUGCAGAAUAUAUAUGAACUUUUUUUGAAAGUGCUAUCUUUUGCUCUGAGGAAUUCAUCGAGUGACUUUUGAGCUCCACAUAAUGUAAACUCGAAGUAGUUAUGUCUGGCAGAUUAUCUGCAGUAUGUGUUCUUUGGAUGGUUGCAA